AGCAGCAGCAGCAGCAGCAGCAGCAGCAGCAGCAGCAGCAGCAGCGACCGUGGUAGUGUUAGCGGCGGCAAGGUAGUGGGAGCAGCCUCCGUUUUAUUUCUGUCCUGGUCUCGUCGAGGCCGACCUGACGAGUGCACCGCGUGAGUACACCUCUCGCGCGUACGCGAGGAACCGAUACGAGAGCACGAGAACCACUAGCGGGGGGUUGUUACGACAUGGAGGACAGUUACACGGUGCACAGACGUCGCAAGGCGGCCGCCAGGAAGCGCGAGAAGACACCUGACCCUUCGUCGAGGGGUGCGUCGCGCAUGGACGCGACGGACGACGAGGACGAAGAGAGGCGCGCCCGAAUGGAGAGGAUGGCUGAGGAAGCUGAGAGGAUUGAGCGGCCGCAGGAUACGCCGAAGGAGCCGGAGAAAAAGAGGGACAAGAAGAUGGACCAGCAGCAGGAGCAGCAGCCUGCAGUCAGAAGGAAAGAGAGACAAAACGCGAGGAAUUCCGCGAAUGUGGAUGACAUGAUUGCUAUACGCGCCGAAGUGGCCGCUAAGUCAGCUGGGAAUAGUUCGAAGACACGUGAGACUGACGCCGUCGCCGCCGCAACAGUGGCUGACGACAACACGCGGCCGGUAAAACAGACGGUCGAAGUGGCAAACAAAGCUGAAGACGAUAGCCCGAAGAGAGAAACGACAAAACCUGAAGUUAAUCCUCAGGUCAUUCAGGAGAAAGUGGUCCAGGACACGUCGGAGACCCCGAAAGAGACGACUGUCGCCGACGAGGCCGUGAAACCGAGCGAAGCCCGCAAGGUGGAGAGGCGUCUGAAGAGGAAGUCGAAGGAACGCGUCGAAAGGUACAGUCGAUCAACGGACUCCAGCGACAUGGACGAGAAGAGCGAGUUGAGUCGGAGAAGAACGAAGUCACCCGAGGCAGCGAGAGUUCGGCUGAAGAAGACGAGUGGGAAGAGUCGAAGCAGCAACGAUUCGGAGGCCCAGAAGAGAGAUGCCGAGAAGUUGAGUCGCGAGAAGAGAUCGCCCAGCGGACAGAAGUUGGAAGACACUGAACCACGAACUCAGGAAGGUAAGAAGGAAAUCUCCGAGAGGUCGCGUUCGAGACCUUAUAGUCAGACCGAAGACAUAGAACCCGAGGAACAUCCGAAGGCUAUGAAGAAGAGCGAGAGCUUCCCGCAGAAGUCCGCCGAGGAGCGCGUUAUCAAGAGAUCCUCGAGCGAUCUGAAGAAACAAAUCAUCCCGUUGAGCAACGACAGCCUGAUCGAGGACUUCGCGAAAGCGCAGAGGCAGUACUUGUUGAGGGAGCGCAGCAUCUUGGAUCCGGAGCCCGUGGACGAAUUUCAAGACGCGGCCGAAGCGAGUCUUCUGAGGAAGCGGAAGUUCAAUCUGGCGCACACUGAGAGCGAACAGGAGAAAGUCGUGCAGGAGGUGGCGCAGUCCUCCGACGCAGCCGCCAAGCGGAAGAGCUGGUUCUCUUGGCUGACCUUUUGGCACAGCAAGGAGGACAAGGAGGACAAGGAGGACAAGGAGGAUAAGGAUGUCGCGGAUGAGAAGGUAGAGGAUGAACCGAAGCUCCCUGUGAAGGCUGAAGCGGCGAAACAAGAAGCUUCAGAGAAGGUCACGCUGUUGGACUUCUUCCGGGCUCUGCGAGACGUCAUCAGCGAGUUCAAGGCCUUCGUGGCGCAGAACCCACGGGAGACGACGAUCAUCAGGAGAAUGCGCAAUCGUUGCGUCGCUGGGCUGAUACUGAUAAUCAUUUACUGCGGUCUCGGUGCCUUCGUCUUCCGGUUCGUCGAAGGCGCCUUCGAGACUUUCUACAAGUGCGGCGUGAAACGCGUGAAGAGAGACUUCUUGGACACUCUGUGGAACUACAGUCAUAACUUGCGGGAGGACGACUGGAAGAGCAUGGCGCGCAGGAAGCUGAUGGAGUUUGAGGAGCAGCUGCACACCGCGCACGAGGCCGGCGUGCACAGCUAUAGCGGCCAGAAGAGCUGGAGCUUCUUGAACGCGGUCGGAUAUUGUCUCACUGUCAUCACCACUAUCGGAUACGGACAUAUCUCACCGAGCACAAACACGGGCAGAGCCAUUACAAUCGUGUACGCGAUCUUCGGUAUCCCGAUGUUCCUCAUUAUCCUGGCCGACUUCGGUAAAUUAUUUACGCGCGGUAUAAAGUUCCUGUGGGCAUUCGUCAGGAGAUUAUACUACACUGGCAGCUGCCGCAAAGUUCGCCGCACCGUUCCCGUUCAGGAGGUCAUGAAGGGCGUGCAGCUCGUCUACGAUCUCGCAAAGUUCCGGAGGCCCUCGCAGAUGAAUCCUGAGGAGAUCGAGGAGAUGCAGAAGCAACAGGUGCAGCAACAGCAGACGGUCCUGAACCUGGACGCGAACGCGCCGGACUCGCCGGGAACACCCGCGUUGUCGGCGUUCGCUAUCGACGACGAGUUCAAUUUGCCGAUUUCGGUGGCGAUAUUCAUCCUGCUAGGCUACAUAUUCGUAGGCGCCACUCUCUACUACAUGUGGGAGGAUUGGGGCUUCUUCGAGAGCUUCUACUUCGUCUUCAUCUCCAUGAGUACUAUCGGUUUCGGCGACUACGUGCCAAAGAUGCAUCCCAUAUACAUGAUGUGUUCGAUAGUAUACCUGGUGUUCGGCCUGGCCCUCACGUCCAUGUGCAUCAACGUCGUGCAGGUGAUGCUGUCGGAUUCGUUCAGGCAGGCGAGCCAGAAGAUCGGAGCCACGAUCGGCUUCGAAGUCGCCGAGGACGAUAAUUCGGUGAAACCAGCGGUACCGCCGCCGGUUGAGGUCGCAGACGUCCAUGUGAGCAUGAAGGAAUCCGAGAGCGGCGAGAAGAUCGCGCCCAAGGCCAAGCAGGAGGAUGUCGACUUGUAGAUGCAUUUCUUCUAAAAACUCUCGACCCGAUCGAGCGAUUGCUCGCUCGCUCACUCGUUCAUCCGUUCGUUCGCUCGCGCUCUCGUUAGCUCAUUUCGCGAAACGCGUGCGAUCUAUCCGGCCUUAAGAAUACUCGUCCGCUGGCUUACGCAACACGGAGACGCACUAAUUGCCGCUGCACGCUCGUAAUCAAAGCUUCGAGGUACAAAUACGUCGUCGAGGUCGUCUUUACGCGACGAGAUUUUCGCGACUCGUACGCGGCCGAAGAUAACGAAUUUCUUGGACUGUUCGUUUGUCGGGGUUGUGUUUGUGAAUGUGAAUUUUCAUCGAAUCGGAUGAUUGAUUCCGCUUAAUAAAUUUUUCGCUGGUAUCACAUUAAAGGGAAAAGAUAAUAAGAGCCAUCGCAAGCAGAUAAUUGAAAUACAUAGUCUUGUUUCAAACGGUGAAACCAAUGUUUUUAUGGCCUAAGAGAAAAUUUCAAUGCAAAAAAUGCUUAUACGUACAAAACAAUAAUAUUAUUUGCGCAUUGUCGAACCUAAAAUACUGCGGAUGGUUUUCAUCAAUCUUUUUCUUUAAUGUGAUUGGAUAUCAGAAAGCUUUACUUAAUAUUAUUUCAGCUAGUCUAAUCAAUACUCGUGUGGAUCAAUACUCGUUUUUUCUUUUUUCUUUUUUUUUUGGAGGAACCUGCCAUAAAUUCAGAUUCCAAGUUCGACUCUGAGUUUUCGUGAAUGUGCAUUCGAAAUGAAGACGAAUCGUAUAUCGGCGGCGUGUCAGCGAUGGAAUUUCUAAAGCACAAUUAUACGUCCGUCUAUUGUUGAAAUCGCGUUAAGCGCGCGCGGUUCUCUCGAAUAAGUGUAUAUAUUUCCGAGGCGCGCACAAAAAUGAUGAUGGCGUUCUCGCGCGAUACCGGGGAUCUAAUUGCGUUUGCCGAUGAGUGACACAUAUGCGGGUCUUUUCGUCUAGGAAGAGACGAGAUUCGUCGACUAUUUUUGUGAA